UUUACAUCUGCUUGAUUUACCAGAGAAAGGUCUUGAGCAGCAAAACCCAAAGGCAGAGAAGUCUCUAGGAAAGGUCCUGCUAAGCCGGAAAAGCAAACUUUAGUCUUGAAUGAUGAUGAAGACGACGCUGACGAUGUGCUUCAGCUUAAAGAACGACUUGCUGCCUAUAACGUUGACUCAUCUCCUGAUCAAUCAGCUGUGACUGAAAAUGAAGAAAAUUCGGGUUCUGCUUCUACUUCUGCCAGUACUGAAGAAAGUAUUGAAGUUUCACCAGCAAGAGCAAGACCUCAAAGGGUGAACCGUGCACAAACAAGACUCAUGUGUUAAUUUCUCCAAGCAAACUGAGGAUGAAGCUCAUAGGGCCUCACCAUCUUAGAAAGAAGGAUGGAUCAAACAGUAACUCUUCCAGACACAAUUUGCAUUGCAGUACUUCCAAGGAAUUUGAGAAUUGGAACAUUGGUUUCUUUUAGAGUAAGUGCAAUGGGGUCUAAACGAUCCCUCUGGAAUUCAUCAGUGCCUGUCUCUUCUUCGAUAGUUGAGGACAAGAAAGAUAAGAAACUGAAAGGGUCAAUCAGUACAAACCAAGAUUUGGAGAAGGGUGCUGUCAAGGAAAAUGGUGUUAAAAGCUCUUUAGGUGAGAUUCAGAGAUUUAAGGAUGACCCGGCAAAAAUUGAGACAAUGACAGUUCAAGAGCUUCGAAGUACAUUGAGGAGUGUAGGGGUUCCUGCUAAAGGAAGCAAACGCGACCUUGUGUAUGCUUUGAAGUGUUUCGUGGAUACAAAAAUAGAUGGUGAAAAUUCUCUGGCGGUAGAAGAACGUGUAUCCUACGUUUCUGCUGAAAGUAUGUCAAUACAAAGUAAGGUUAAAAUUUUUUCUGAGGAAGAACAUGUUGAAAAUGUCAACACUGAUUUGGAGGUUCCCUCUCUUCCACGGCACAAGGGAAGAAUAAAGAAAUCUGUAGCUGAGGGAAAUGCAGUCAAAGUUGAUGCUAAAAUGGUUGCUAUGAAACAAAAGCUGUCAAUCAAAUCUGAUGGGGUUUCAGGUGGGAAGUUCUCCCAGGCAAAGAGAACUUCAGAGAUUGUUACUGAAGCUGUUAACGGUGAUGAAGUUAAUUUGCCUGUUGUAAAGACUGAACCAUGGACAAUUCUUGCCCACAAGAAGCCUCAGAAAGGUUGGAUCCCUUAUAAUCCGAGAACCAUGAGGCCUCCACCUCUUACCAGGGAUACAAAGUAUGUGAAGCUUAUGUCUUGGAAUGUCAAUGGAUUAAGGGCUUUAUUGAAGUUAGAGGGGUUUUCUGCACUGCAACUUGCUCAAAGGGAAGAUUUUGAUGUGUUGUGCUUGCAAGAGACCAAAUUGCAGGAGAAGGAUGUUGAGGAAAUCAAGUAUCUCAUAGAUGGCUAUGACAAUACCUUCUGGACUAGUAGUGUUUCCAAACUUGGUUAUUCUGGAACAGCAAUUAUACCGGAUGCAAGCACAGGAUAA